AUGCCUGGCCUUGCUUCCAGCUUAGCUAAGCACAAGGUGGUGCCUGGUCGCAAUGAUGGCAACAUAGUCUCUGACUUCAAGUCUUGGGUGGACAGCAAUGGCCACAAGACCUACUGGUUUGUCAGCGUGCACCCUGGAGGCCUGGCUGUUGCUAAAGGAUGGCAGGAUUGGAUGACUUUGGACGCCUUUGUGGAUCAGAUCCAGGGAAACAUGAACCUUCCACCUGAAAAGUUUGAAGAGGUGGUGGUGGAACUCCAGUACUAUGUUGAGUUUGGUGUGUGGCCCAAACCGGCCAUCACACUCAAGAACGAAGAGCAAGUGGUGUUGCACAUCAACUUUUUGUCUCUUUUGGCUGGUGUGUUUCAGAAGGGUGGUGCAUUCACUGACUUCCUGUUGAAAUUUCGCAAUGCAAGGCCUUCAAGUUUAGAGGAACCUUGGCAAGCUGUAGUGUACUGUGAUGAAUUCCACCCUGGCAACGUAUUGAAUAGCACUUCCAGGAAGCUAUGGUGCAUAUACAUUUCCUUCUUGGAAUUCAAACAGAUGCUGAGCAAGGAGAACAUGUGGUUCUGCCUGGCUACUUGCAGGUCCACUGAAGUGUCCCAGCUAGCUGCAGGGAUCAGCCAAGUGUUUAAACUGGUGAUGGAGCACAUGUUUUGCCACAAUUCCCCAGACACGGGGAUUCUUCUUUCUUCUGCAAAGGGUAGCCUCCGACUUUUUUCUACCCUUGGAAUGGUAUUGCAAGAUGGGCAAGCUCAAAAACUAGUGUGGUGCAACCGGCAAGACAGUGGCAGCAAGCCUUGCAUGAUGUGCAAUAACAUUUUCCAGCUGAAAGAUGCAGAGUCUGCUGACAUGAAUGAUUGCCAAAAGGUUUUCAGCAGGUUCACAAAACUGUCACAGCUACACUUGGCCACUGAUGCUGACAUACUUCAAUCUUGGCACAGACUCAAGGACAAGAAGGACACUGUGCCUGCUGGUGUUUUCAGCAAGUGGCAGCAAGCUGCAGGAGUUACAUUCAGCCCUCAUUGCUUUAUGGCCAGUGAAGCAUUGCAAGGCUUGAAUCUCAUCAAGCCUGUGUCAAUGUAUUGCUUUGAUUUUAUGCAUGGCAUGUGCAGCCAUGGCUUGAUGCAGGACACUAUUUUCUUGGUGUUGGAAUCUUUGAACAAGAAUGGGCACAAGGUGUGGGAUACCUUGCAUGAUUGGGUAGGCCUAUGGGUGCUGCCCCAUGGCUACAGCUGCAACUUGAAGAGCUUCUUUGGGACAAAGAGUGUGAACAGCUACAGAAAGGCUGGCACUUUCAAAGCUUCUGCAUCUGAGAUGUUGUGCAUUUACAAACUUUUGCAAUUCUUUUUGCAAACGAUGUUUCUCUGCAACAAUGUGAUGGUAGAGCAAUGCAUGUGUUUUCUGUGUUGGGCAGAUGUGCUAGACUUCUUGGUCAGCAUCCCUGCCUUUUUGGACCCCCCACGUGAUCAGCUUGCACGAUUGGUGGAAACUGCUCUAGAAGCAACUGUGGCAGCAGGCUUUGCUGAUGACAUGAAGGCAAAACACCAUUGGACUCUACAUUACAGUGUUUGCUUGGAAAGGUGGAAGCAGCUUCCUACAUGCUGGGCAAUGGAAAGGAAGCACAAAACUCCAAGGAAGUUUGGGUCAGCACAGUGCAACCUUGCCACUUAUGAAAUUGGCAUCAUGUCUGCUGUUACUUCAGAGCAUAUCAGCAUUUUGUUGCAAGAUGAAGACUUGUACAAAACAGGUUGCUAUUUGGUUGAAGCCCACCGCUGUUCAAAGAAUUUGGAAGGUUUGCUGAAGCAGUGCAAUCUUUGGGUUGAAGGCAUGGCCAGCUCCAGUUCAUGCAGGCUGCAAUGUGGCAUGAUUUGCAAAGCAGGUGAUGUGGCUUUCCUAAGGGGCACACUUUCCAACACGCCUUCUUUCAAAUGGGGGUGCUGCCAAGUCAAGCAUUUUUUGCAAGCAGGCAACUUGAAGCUGUGUGUGGUGGAUAUGUUCAAUUUCUUGGAGGCAAGGGCCAACACAUUUGCAAGUUCUUGGCAAGGUACCACUGGGUCCUUGAAGUUGAUUUCAGCAGAGAACAUUCUGCAACCAGUGCUUUGCACUUUUGGAAAGAGUGGCAAGCUUACAUGCUUGACUCCUGCACCAUUGGCUUGCUGCAGCUGA